GGUUUCAUUUGGAAUUUCACUUGUUUACGCUUUAACCAAUAUAGUAAUGAAAGAAAUACCUGUCACUGUUAGGAAGAUAUGACCAGUUCAUUUCUUAUUAACUUGUCGUUGAAUCUCGAAUUAAUUUUUACAAUUCUUGGGAGACUGUAUUAAAGAAAGCAGAAUUAAGGUGUUGAUCACCUAUACAUACCUUGUGGACUUUUAAUUUUCGCAACAAUAUCUAUCAAUUUUGGAAAUUUGAAGAUUUCUAAUGUUAGUUGAGUUAAUCUGAUAUCGUCUUUGACAUGGAUUAUUUAAGAAAUAUCAUAUUAUAUCUUAGCUUUUCUGGGGGAUUUAUAUUAUUCUAUUGUCUACGUCAUACCAUGAUGGGACGCUUUUUAAAAUUUCUGCUUUUGAAACCGGCAUCCGUAAUCUGGGUAAUUAUGCCGUUUGCUGUCAGGAAAAUGAUUUCAGAAACAAUCCUUUGGUUCUUAUUUGAGAGGCAUUGUGUUUAUCAAGUCGUUUAUUUAAGCUGUCUUGUUUUUGGACAUUAUAUAUUGAUAAUGGAUGUUAUAACUGUGCUCUAUCGGUAUUCGUGGUUAGAGAAUAAUCUGUUUCUUGGAUCUGGAUGUUUAUUCCUUAAUGGUGUGUUAUAUAUGUUGUUGUGUUUUAGUGAUCCAGGUUUUAUAACAUCACGAAAUAAGUCAGUUUAUGCAAAUAUUUAUGAAUACGAUAAUUUUAUUUAUUCACCUAAACAAUGCACAAUAUGCUGUCAUAUAAUUCCAGCUAGAUCUAAACAUUGUUCUCGAUGUGACCAUUGCAUAUUUCGAUUUGAUCAUCACUGUGUUUGGACAAAUUGUUGUAUUGGUGGUCAAAAUCAUGGACUUUUCAUAACAUUUUUAUUAUCUUUAUGUCUAAUGAUUGUCAAUGCCUUGUGGUUAAAUUGUCGUAUGCUUUAUUUAUUCUCUGUUCAUGAAAAUUUAUGGCAAGCUCAUUAUUUAGAUGAAUAUGAUCAAAUUCACCCAAUGGAUUGGUUAACAUUAUUACAACAUUUGUUCAUGACAUUUCCUCGUGUUAUAGGGAUGACUGGCAUAUUAAUUGUAGCUGUAAUGUUAUUAAUUAAUUAUCUAACAUUUCAUAUCUGGCUUAUUCUGAUCAAUUGUACAUCAUAUGAGUAUUUUCAAGGGAAGAAGUUGAUCACUAGUGAAAAUUGUUCAACUAACUACAAUGAUAAUGAUGAUGAUGACAAGGAGAAGAGUGAAAAGACGAUAAACAAAAAGCCUCAUUUUCCUUCUACUUCAUUAUUCGACAGCAAAAUGGUGACGAUGAUGACAGCAAAGACAAUGAUGCCUUCUACCGUAAGACGACGAUUAAAGUCUGAUCAUAGGUUAAGAGGACAAAAUCCAACCAGUACUUAUAAUAAUUAUCGAAAUUUCUACAAUAAAGGUAUUAGGAAUAAUUUAUUGGAAAUGUAUACACAAACUACAACUUAUUCAUUAAGGGAGUUGAAACAUCGUUUACCUGUACAGCUGGCAUUUAAAACUCGUUAAACAUCGUCCUUUCGACUGAUAGAUUUUUUUUACAAAAGCCGUUGGUUUUUAAUUUAUUUUUAGUGUAACUGUAUUUUCUCAAUUCUGUUUGAUUGAUGUCAAUGCUAUUCAUAUUGUCUAAGUAAUUAUAACAGUUUUUCUUAUAAACAUGGACUGAUAAAUAAUUGAUAUCCUUAUUGCUAGCUAGAUUCAUUGAAUAUUUAGCAACCGAUGGGUAUCACUUGUGUUCAUGUCUUAAUGUCAGUUGUUUCAUGUAAUUUGUUAAUCAUGUCUUAUAUAUAUAUUCUGAAAAUAAUAAUUACGUAAUUCACGCCAGUUUACAGGCAUGAUCAGUUUGAUAUAAAUAGUAACAUUAAAUGUAGAAAGCAAUCAUGUAAUAUAAGACUGUUUUAAGUUUACUAGUUCAAAUAUUGUUUAGGUAGUACAUUUAUGACAUGUAUUGCGGCAAUGAAAUGCACCAGCCAAGCUCUUUUAAUUCUUCUUAAGUGGACAUCCUGUUGAUAAAAUCAGUUCCAAGAAUCCGUAGAGUAAAUCGUUUUUUUACUGACUCCAACCUUAAUUUAUCCUUUGUGUGCACACUACUUAGAAUAAACGUUCAGUACUCUAGGAGUGGUCGAACACAAAUUUUGUACAUCAAGAUACGUGACUCGUUGUUAUAAAGGUUUCGAGUUAUGUAACCCAUAAUACGUUGAGACAAGGAGAUCUGUUUCAAUGCCUGUUUUGUAAAUGACAUAUCGCAGGAGUACCUAAGUCCCAAGUCUACUACUGUUUGUAACUUAGAUAACACCUCACAAUUUAUGGUAAGAUCUAAGUAGAGUGAUGUAUUACCGAAGCAUAUCCAUCCACAUUUAGUUGCGUUUAGCUCCAGCUGCAUUUUGAGCACCACUGCUUUACCUUGUUAAGCUCCAUGCUGAUGCAAUUUUGCAUAUUGUUCAGCUCAUGUAGAGAAAAUGAAUACACUACUUUAAGAUCAUCUGCUUACAGAAGGGGCUUACCUAUACAAAACAUUCACGAAUAUCAUUGAUAAAAUCUAAAAAAAAGCAAACAGCCCAAGGCACUACCUUGCAUUACAACACUUCUGACAGGGACAGCGUUCGCAAAGGAAGAGUUAAUUUUAACUAUUUGAUAUCGAUAGCUGAGGAAGGAAUCAAACCACCGAGCAGAGUGUUUUGGACCCCGUAACAUGCUAGUUUCUCUAUGAGACGGUUGCUAACCACGUCGAAGACUAGAUAUCCUUGGUUAUUAUUUAUUUGAGCACAUAAACAUUGGUACAAAGGGGAACCGAAUGCAUAUGCACCAUGCAAGUCACUUGAUUUGUGAGUGAGCUAUGAUACUGCCCGUGUGCCCAAACCGAAACAAGUGAUUUUCUUAGGAGGCCACUCCCCGAGCCUUUGGCCUACAGAUCUAAUCCACAAGGCAUUGGAGCAAGGUAAGGAGAUGCAGUCCCAUGGUA